UUUCUUUGGAUUAACAGAGAGGGAAGCGGAAAGAAAGAACGAAGAAAAAGAUGUCGAUUCUUGAUUUUCUUUGCGGUCUUUGGGAUGAUCUCGAAGCCCUAGUCCUCAAGCUAAUGUUUAUCUUCGGAGAUGACGCCGUUGCGGAUGGGUCAUGGAUCCACCCGGAGCACACGCUCCAGCCGGCCGAGCGCCACGACCCGUUCUACUGCAUGGCGUGCAAGGAGAUCGGGUUCGUGCGCUCGUACUCGUGCGAGCCGUGCGCGGUCCAUGUCCACAAGGAGUGCAUGUCUCCACCUCCCAUCAUGUGCCAUCCUCUGCCGGAUUUCGGCGAUCUCUCUUUUGUUCGAAGCGUCACAACUUAUGACACCGAUGCCGACGACGAAGGCAGUGGCGGCAAAUUUUGCGGGGCAUGCUCCAAGCCGCUGCGUGGUUGCGGGUACAUGUCUGCUGAUGGAAAGAGCAGCUUCCACCCAUGUUGUCUUCACCUUGACAGAUCCAUAAAAGUUAACGGCGAGAAGCUCAAGCUUAAGAUGGAGAACAUAUCAAUGAAAUGCAACUGGUGCAAGACGGUGUCAACCCGGGCACGCAGAGCUGUUAUCCCGAGCUGGUCAUAUGUCUCGAAGAGCAAGGGUCGCCGUUUUCACGUCGGGUGCGUUCAAGAAAUGAUGUGCAAGAGCUGGAGAGAUGGCGGGAUUGAUCAGCCCGUCCGAGGAAAAGAAGAGGACAACACUGCCAACUUCGCGACAUGCCUAAGCCUUAACAUCGAGCUCCCCAUUGACGAGAAAGAAGAAAGAGAGGCCGAUCCUUCAGAAUCGGCAAUGCAGACGGCGUCAGAUCUCAUAAUGAAGGACGUCGCCAAUGGGAACACUCCUUUCGCCGCAGCCCUGAGAGAUCAGAUAAUCGCAGCCCUGGGGAACGGCCUGGGAGCUCUGACGGAAGGGGUGGGGUCUGGCUCUAGCGAGUUAUGGGACCUCACUAAGCGCCUGUGGAAACUGCUGCUUCUCAAGAUACACCGAGGGAUUACCCAGCUGGCCGACACUCCAGUCGGCCGUGCCGGCCGCCACGUCUGGACCGCGGUCACGCAACCAUCCAAGCUGUGGGAGCUGCUACGUCCCGUCCUGCGUUGGGUUAGCUCCAAGUUAUGUGAAUUAGCAAGCCGGAUGUUGACGGGGCAGUCCUCGCCGGUAGGUCGCCUCCCGUAUGAUGGCCAAAACUACUUGAUGGAUUCCAUUUAA